AUGGCUGCCUCAAGCAAGAGUAACCAAGACGUACCCGACAUCCCGGCAGGCGAUGACCAGCCAAAUGGUAGUAAUGAAGCGGACGGCGCAAGCGGCCAGGACGCAGCACUGACUGCGUCGUUUUCCUCGAUGGAUGUGUCGGACGGACGGGGCGAAUCAUACGAGCACCUCAUGGCUGAGGAGAAAGAGCUGCGUCGCACCGCGACGGAGAACUACGCCGACGGCGGCGUCUCGGGGAGCUUCUUCCGGCGCCGCGAUUUGAAUCCCUAUACCAACGAGGUGAUGUUUUCGCUCGCAGUCGAAAAGAAGGGUUGA